AUGCUCGUGAGCAAACUCGACAUGGACGACGUGGGGGGUUCCAAGAGGGACAAAGCCUCUUGCACUCUGUCUUCGCAUCAAAUAGCUUUCCGAAUGUCGACCGAGCCGGCAUCUCAGCAAUGCCUCGCCUCACAUCACGACGCAAGCAUGCCGUACGGGGUGCUCGAGGGCCAAGCCGGAUGGAAGCAGCAGCGAGGCAGACUUUACCCCGAUAUGAGAUGUGAGGUGUCGUCGCAUCGGCGCCGCCGGCUGGAGGACUCCUCGUCGUCUCAACUUGUGGUUCUCUGGGUCAAACUGAAGAGAAUGCGUGUGGUGAUUCGUGCGGAUCCGAGGCGCAACCGAACACUGCAUCGAUCAGCGGAGAGAUCAGCGCAGCGGCAGGCCACCAUUUUAUCCAACAACUUCCGCGUGUCUUCCAGAGAGGCAUCGAUCAGCAUAAUCCCAAAAAAGAAAGAAGUGAAAACCACAGCAUCUUCCGUCCGCUUUGAAAGGCAUCGAUCGGCACGCCGAUCCGACCUUCCAAGUCCCAAGUCCAAUAUGGGCACGGUGAUUGAUAAAUCAUUUGUCGUAGAAACAACGCAAAUGUCUACCCAUCGGGCGGGAAUGAAGGGAAUACUCUGA